GCAGGGACUGGGAGAGAAGAGCGCCUUAGCUUCCUUGCAGGAUAUAUUUGUUUGUUGAAUUUUUUUUCUUUUUUCUUUUCUAUUUUUUUUUAAAAAAGCAUUCCUUUCCGAAUGUGUGCGACUUGGCCGGAAUUUUUUCCACUUGCAAGGGUUUGCAUUUCUCCGUUUUGCAUGACGUGUCUUGGAGGAAAAAAAAGCCCUGCUUUGUGUGUUUGUGGAAAUAAAGCGAGCUGGAAUAGGAGGCGGGUGCCAGUUGCUGUUGUGGGCUGGACUGGCCACGGAAGGAGCAGUCUACACUUAAGAAGUGUGGAUUCUGUGAGGGCCACUAUGCAUCUUUACCGUCACCACACCUUGAUGGAAAAUACCCAGUGACGGGCGGCAUCUCAUUGCAAUUAAAUACAUGUGUUGUUGGAGCUGAGAUCUUUCUUGAUUGUGUCCGACAGCUUCCACUGGAAAGUUAUAACUCAUUGUUUCCGAACUGGCUGGAUGUUGCUUGUCAACCUCGCAAAUGGAUUCUGUCGUGAAUCUUCCACUUUGAGACGUUCUUGAGGAGAGACUCCUGCUUUGGCUUCUGUCGGCUUUUCUGAUGGUCGUCUGCUUCCUUGGGGAUUUUCUUUGUAGCAGCUAACAGUGUCCAGCAGCUCCUUUGGCGGUGUUACAGGAGUGACCCUUCCGAGUGUUGUCUGUUGGAAUUGGAGCUGCUUAGGCGCUUGACAGAGUUGAAGCCAGCCGGGGGGGGGACGUCUUUGUGGUCCUCAUCUGGGCAAUGGAUGGCCCACGGGCUUGUGGGCUCCGGAAAAAGAGGAGGUCGAGGUCAGAAAGGGACAGGGAAAGGAGGUCUAAAGGAAUAAGGAACAACCAUGUCAGGGCCGCUGUCCCACACUCUUCUUCCGAAUCCGAGAGGGAGGCAGGAAGGAACCCUUCGUCGUCGCGUCCCAGGCCUCCAAGAAGGAAAAGAAAAGAGUCUUCCUCAGCUGAGGAAGACAUCAUAGAUGGGUUUUCUAUAGCCAGCUUUGUUACCCUGGAGGCUUUAGAGAAGGACGUUGCUCUGAAACCUCAGGAGCGCCUGGAGAGACAGCCCAGGACCCUCCACAAGAAGAAACCCAGCGAAGUGCCCCAUGAGCUGAGCUAUCAGCACCGGAGGACCAGACUGCACGACAUCUCGGACCAGGAGAAUGACCAGAACCUGGGACAGCGCCAGAACAAGAGGAAGAAGAUUCAGAAGAAAAAACGAAAGUUGAAGCCGGGACAGAACAACUGCAAGGACAGCGACAGUGAGAGCGUCAGCGGAGAUUCCAAGCGUUCCCUGUGGAGCAGCCCCCGGGAGAGGCUCAGUGACAGCUCCGCUUCUUCCAGCUUGGGUACAGGCUACUUUUGUGACAGCGAGAGUGACCAAGAAGAAAAGGGUUCCGAUGCCAGCUCGGAGAAACUCUUCAGCACAGCUGCAAGUAAAGUUACGGAUUUCAGCGUCGAUGCGCUUACCACAAAUGACAGCCAAGAAGCAAGAGCGCUGGGUGUCCCCAAGGUGUCUGGCUUAGAGAGAAGCCAGGAGAAGAGCCAGGAGAGCUGCAAAGACACCCCCCUGCUGGUCCCGGCGCUGCCAAAGGAGCCGCCCCCGGAGGCCCAGCCUGUGGCCCGUCGCUCGGUGGAGCCUCAGGCCGAGCUCCCUCCCCCCGCCCCGGCUCAGGCCCCGGCCCCCGAGCCCGUCUUCCGGCCCCAGUCUCCGGCCUCCCUGCCCGGCCCCCGGGCCCCAGAACAACCUCGCUCGGCUCCUCCACAGCCUCCACUCCAGCCUCAACUGCAGCCUGAGCCCCCGUCUCACCCUCGCCCCUCCCUGCCCCCCCAUCCCCACCCGCAGGCCCACUCUCCCGUACUCCCAGCCCAGCAGAGUCUGCCUCCCGCCCAGCCUCGGCCUCCCUCUCGCAGUCUCCAAAGGCCUCUGUCUGCGUACAGUAGCAGCCUCAACAGCAUAAGCAGCCGAAGCAGCACCCCGGGCAAGCCUCACGUGGCACCCCCUCCCCCCUCCCACAUACCCCACCACCCGCCCGCCCCGGCCUUCCCCCUGCCCCUCCCCAACCAGAGCGCGCCCCACAGCUUCCCCCCCGCCCUCCAGCCGUCGCCACACCCCCACCACCCCAAUAUGUUCGCGCCUCCAGCGGCCCUGCCCCCACCUCCACCACUCACGUCAAGCACCCUUCCGGUCCCCGGACACCCAGCUGGGAGUGCCUACUCAGAACAAGACCUGCUGCGCCAGGAGCUCAACACCCGCUUUCUAGCCUCGCAGAGCGCCGACCGAGGGGCGUCGCUGGGACCUCCGCCGUACCUGAGGACCGAGUUCCACCAGCACCAGCACCAGCACCAGCACACCCACCAGCACACCCACCAGCACACCUUCACGCCGUUCCCCCACGCCAUCCCGCCCACCGCCAUCAUGCCCACCCCUGCACCGCCCAUGGUGCGUACCCCAGCCAGAAAUUUUGACAAAUACCCAACAAAAGUUGAUCCAUUCUACAGGCACAGUCUGUUCCACUCCUACCCUCCAGCUGUGUCCGGAAUUCCACCGAUGAUCCCACCUACCGGGCCCUUCGGUUCACUGCAGGGAGCAUUUCAGCCUAAGACUUCUAAUCCAAUGGAUGUUGCAUCCAGACCUGGUACAGUUCCUCACACGCUCCUACAGAAGGACCCCAGGCUGACUGAUCCUUUCCGGCCCAUAUUGAGGAAACCUGGAAAGUGGUGUGCCAUGCAUGUCCACAUUGCUUGGCAGAUUUAUCAUCAUCAACAGAAAGUAAAGUUUUCCUUUUUCCAGCAGCAGAUGCAGGUGGACCCACACAAGCUGGACUUCGGGCUCAAGCCAGAGUUUCUGAGCCGACCUCCCGGCCCCAGCCUGUUCGGGGCGAUACACCACCCUCACGACCUGGCUCGGCCCGCCACGCUCUUCUCUGCUGCAGGUUCCACUCAUCCUUCAGCCACCCCCUUCGGACACCCACCCCACCAUCCCGGCAACUUCCUCAACCCAGCUGCACACUUAGAGCCAUUCAGUCGGCCAGGUUCAUUUGGAAGUCUGGCUACUUUAAGUUCUGCUGCCUUUGGUGGACUGGGAAACCCUGCACUUACUCCCAACUCUAUGUUCGGCCACAAAGACAACUCCAACUCUCAGAACUUCAGCAACACCCACGAACCCUGGAACCGGCUGCACCGGACACCCCCUUCUUUCCCAACCCCUCCACCCUGGCUGAAACCAGGAGACCCCGAGAGGAGCUCGUCAGCGGCGGCCCACGAGCGGGACAGAGAGGCGGACAAAAGAGACGCCGCUCCCAGCAAGGAUGACAAAGAAAGGGACACCACUGAAAAGCGACACCACAGCCACCCCUCUCCAGCGGCUGUCAACCCCCUGAGUCACAGCCGGUCCUCGACCGAGCCCCCCAGAAGCCACCUGCCCAGCGAUGUCCGCGAGAAGGAGAAAGCCAAAGAGAGGGAGAGGGACCACUCCGACUCCUGGAAGGAGAACAACUCCGAGGAGCACAAGCUGAAGGAAAGCCACGCCCCCGAAAAGGAGGCGCCCGUCGGCCACGACGGCCGGGCCGGGGAUGAGGGCAAGCCGGUGAACAGGGUGACGUCUCCCUACGUCAGGCCGCCUGGGCUGGAGAACACGAGGUCCAACUGCAGCCUGAGCCGGGAGGCGGAGAAGAAGAGCGAGCCGCCCUACGAGCACCAGAAGAAGAACGAGGUCAAGGUGAAGGAGGAGCGCAAGGAGGAUCAGGAGGCUCCCAGCGAAGGCCCUCCGACGCACAGGCCGAACGAGCACUCCCAAGUAACGUCCGCCCCCAGCAUCCACCCCCCUUCUUCCAUGUCUUCCAUGCCGAUGCCCAUGGGCAUGGCUGGUGUGCACCCAAUGAACAGCAUCAGCAGCCUAGAGAGGACUCGAGUGGUGGCGCCAUUUAUGGGCAUCAGCCCCAUUCCUGGCGCCGAGCGUUUCCCCUACCCUGCGUUUCACUGGGACCCCAUGAGAGACACACUCAGGGACCCUUACAGAGGUCUUGACAUCCACCGUAGAGACCCGCUGGCCAGAGACUUCCUGCUGCGGAAUGACCCCCUGCACCGGCUGGCCGCACCCAGGCUGUACGAAGCUGAUCGGUCGUACAGGGACCGGGAGCCUCAUGAUUACAACAGAGAUCAUCCCCACCCUCUGGCCCUAGAGCAGCGCAGGGAGCACGAGCGAGCUGGCCACAUGGACGAGCGAGAGAGGCUGCACAUGCUCAGAGAGGACUACGAGCAUGGGCGGCUGCACCACAUGCACCCAGCUGCCCUGGAUGGUCAUUUGCCCCACCCCGGCCUCAUGACGCCUGGUCUUCCCAGCAUGCACUAUCCUAGGGUCAGCCCCUCCUCCAUGCACCAGAAUGGCAUUCUCAACAAGACACCCCCCACUGCCUCUCUGAGCGCACCCCCCCCUCUGAUCCCCACAUUGGGUGCCAGGCCCAACUCUCCAAGAAGGACUACGCCCUUGACCACAGACAUUAGGGACAGACCUCCCUCUCACACUCACAAAGACAUUGAAGCGCGGUAAGCACCGCUGAAGACAGAAGCCCAUACUGCGUGCCCAGUGACUGAACUUUACAAAGCACUUAGUACCGGGCAGCCCCGCGUGUGUGUGUGUAACCAUGUAGAAAUCCGAAUGACUCUUUUUUUUGUAAACUAAAAACAUUUACAGAUGUUUUAGCCAACUUGCUCUUAUGUUUUUGUGAGUAUCCUUUUAUCUGUACAGAAAGCUUUGUUCUUCAGGAAUCGGGAGAUCUGCAGAACAAAACAAAAAAAGUACAAAUUUUGAUGGCACCCUGCGAAAGAUGGUUCUUUGGAAUAUACAGGUAAUUACAAAAAAAACGCUGAGGGAAGCAGCAGGCUUUGUAGAUAUCUCUGUACAGAAAACGUGCCUGCAUCUUUGGAAAAAGGUACAUAUAUGCAAAGGGUGUAAUGAAAGCUUUACUUUGUAUAAAUGUAGAUAGAGGACUGAAAUAAUGGGAUUAGAGAACUUCUUACUUUGUGCUAUUUGCAGAUUUUAUUAUUUGUUAACACAGCCUGCUUGCGCUGUGCAAGGUAAGUGUCGUUUCACAGAUCAUCCCCCUCCAACUAUGCAAUGAAUGUUUUGGCUUUUAUCUCAAAAGCCAGCAUUUUACAAAGGAGCCUUUUCACUAUCCAAACUUAUCCAAACAAAGUCGUAUUCUCUCCACAAUCAGAAUGGCCUCACUUUUUUUUUGUUAGCGUCAGUACAAUGUUUAUUGAAGUAUGGUUUCCUCAUUGCUCCGUAAAAAAGGAGGCAAAACAAUAUGGUAUUUGCUGAGAAAAUGCCGUACGUUUGCUGGUGACAAUCCUUAAACCUUUUUUUUAACAAAAAUUGAUAAUCCCGUCAGCACCAACAACUUCAAAAAUCAAACCAAGUUUUGCUUCUCUAUGUAACAUCAGUUGAUGCAUUCUAUUUGGAGAGAAGGCAACUUAAAAAAGCAAAAACAACCGAACACAUUUCUUUUGAAGGAGUGUAAAGUAUGUGUAUGAAAAAUAAAAUUAGUUCCGUUGUUCUAACAGUGUAUCAAAGUGCUAUCCUAAGUUGUUGUAUCUACUACAAAAAGACAAGAAAACAGCAAAGUCCAAAACUGGGCGGUUUGUUUCUAAUGAGCAGAGAUCUAUUUUAGUAGUCACCUGAAGGUUUAGUUGUGCGCUUCAAACUAUGUGAAAUACAGAUGUCGUGCUGUGUUUUUUAACGAACAAAAAAAUAAAAUGUACACUGGAACAGUAGUGUUAGUUAAUGAGUAUUGCAAAGAGAUUGUUAUUAACAAAACUUUUUUGCUGUUUAUCAUGUACGUAAAUGAAGUCCUUUCUAGAUCAGAUGUAAAAAGAAAAGUGAAGCGACUCUGAAUCUUCAGCAUGUUCCUCAUUAAAAAAAAAUCUUGUGUUAUGUAAAUUGUGCCAUGUUAUUAAAAAAUGUGAACUAAAUCUA